AUGAAACCGGGAUUAAUGUACGAUAAUCCAUUUGAAUAUGUUUGGUCACUGAUUGUGGAUGUUACUAUUUUUAUGAUUAAAUCAGUUUACUUCUUCUUUGAGACGGUGAUUUUAACAUGUUUACCUAUAAGAUUCAGGAAACUUAAGGAUGUUUCCGGACAAACUGUUUUAAUAACUGGAGGAGGCGGUGGAGUCGGCAAAUUUCUGGCUUUAAACUUCGCUCGACUUAAAUGCAAAGUUGUUAUUUGGGAUGUUAAUCGUGAUGCCAUAACAGCAACAUCCGAUGCACUUAAAGAUGAAGGUUACGAAUGUUUCGCAUAUGUUGUUGACAUUUCUGAUAAACUUCAAGUCUACGAGGUUGCUAAGAAAGUUCGACGGGAAAUUGGAAAGGUUGACAUUUUAAUUAACAACGCAGGAAUUGUAACUUGCAGGCCACUUCUGGAACUUCCCGAUAAAGCGAUUGAAGCUACUUAUGGCGUUAAUAUUUUAUCUCACUACUGGACAUCGAAAGCUUUUCUUCCUGAAAUGAUUUCUGAUAAAUGUGGUCACAUUGUAACUGUCAGUUCUGUCACUGGGCUGCUUGGCACUUACGCAUGCACUGAUUACUCAGCUACUAAAUUUGCAUGUGUUGGAUUUCACGAGAGUCUGUUCAGUGAAUUGCGAGCUCAUGGCCAUGAUUACAUUGGAAUGACUCUAGUCUGUCCCUAUUACAUCAACAGUGGCAUGUUCGCUGGUGUCAAACCUCGACUUCUUCCAAUGUUGGAACCAAAGUAUGUCGCCGACAAAAUUGUCGAAUCAGUUUUGAAGAAUGAAGUUAAUUGCACACUUCCAGCAACCGUUCGAUUGUUUCUACCUCUCAAAUGUCUUCUUCCUGCAAAAACUUGUUGGGAAUUGAUGAUGAGAAUCAUGAAAGGACCACAAUCGAUGGCACUGUAUAAGGGUCGUGGAAAAGCACAAACUGGUUGAAGCAGAGCAACAUUAAUCCAACAUUAAUCCAACAUUAAAACAUAAAUGCUGACUUUUAUUAGAAAUAAAUUUUUUCAUUUCGAUUCUUAGCAUUUCAAAACUUGUUUGAUUCAUAAAUAUUUAGGCGCGAUAAAUUUGUUAUAAAUUUUUGAAUAUAUGUCAAUAAAUGCAGUAUUUUACAAUAUUUAAAGCUUUUUCAUGAUCACUCGUUGCUCCACACAGGUUUUCGUUUCUCUAUGAAACUUUUGAUGCCCUCUUGUCCGUCUUUAAGUUGCAAGUUAUCAACCAUGGCUUGACUACCUGCGAUGUAACUCGAAUUCAAAUCCAUUCCUAAUUGUUGAUAGUAAAAUUUCUUUCCAAAUGACACGACAGCUCUUGACUUGCUUUUAAUGGCAUCGCAAAUUUCGUUGAGCUCUUGAUCGAGUUUCUCACUUGGGACUACGCUGCUUACGAGUCCCACACGAAGUGCUUCUUCGGAAGAGAUUGGAAGACCAGUCAGAAGCAUGUAACUCGAUUUCAUUCGAGGAAUUGUUCUGGAAAUGGCGAUGCCGGGUGUGCUGCAGAAAAUUCCAAAUGAAGCACCAGGAGUCGAGAAUGUGCUUUUCUCACUGCAAAUUGCGAUGUCGCAUGAAGCUGCCAACUGUAGACCAGCAGCUGCAGCUAAACCAUCAAUUUUUGAUAUGACUGGAAGAGGUGAAGCAAUAAUUGAUUUUAUCAGUUCGUGACAUUUAUCGAAGACUUUUUUCUGAUUUUCUGCGCCCUUGUCUGAAGAUAAUUCUUUCAAAUUAUGACCCGAUGAGAAUACCGGACCACUAGACGAUAAAACAAUAACCCGCAAUUCUUUGUCGUCUUCAUUCCUUUUGAUUUCAUGCAACAAAUUUUCCAUCAUUUCAAGUGACAAACAAUUUCGCUUUUUGGUAUCAAUCAUUGUUAUGUUUCUUAUGCCAUCACUCUCAGUCACUGACACGAGGUUGUGAUUCAUUCGGAAUUGAUGAAAAUGACGAAAAUUCGGAACAAGAAGUCGUUUAAUCAUUUUUAACUUUUCUUAAAAAGAAAUAAAAAGAGCGAUAGAAAAAUAAAAACAAACGGA